GCAAGAACAUGCGCUGAGUCUCAUCGCUCUCAUCCUAUUCCUGAAAAUGUAGCACUUCCCUGCAGACAUCUGGUGUCACUGUUGUCUAUGGCUAUUCAUCUGUCCUUCUCCCUCUCUCAUCCUCCGCUUUCUCAUUCUCUCUGUCCUCCACGCCGAAAAAAUCCUGAGACCGCAUGUGAGUGGCAGAGGGAGAGACACCCAGCGAAGAAGCAACACAUCUCACCUUUCUUCUCCCCUCUCAGUGGAUCCCGUUCAUUGCUCUGGAGCAGAGAAAUUGAUCUACUUCAGUUUCCCCAGAAGAGAUGUGAAAGGACCAAUACAGUUACUGUAUAUCAGUGUGUGCAGAUUAAGGGUGUCUUCAUUCUUUCUUCUCAGGGGGACACUCUGCAUAUUUAUUCGAAAGCAGAAGGGGAUAAGAGAAUGAGCAAGAAUGGGCUAUUUUGCUGCACUUGAAGUAUCUGGCUGAUUUUCUUCAGCUAAAAACUAGGUUUUAAAACCCUCCAAGACCCAGGAGAAAUUUACUGCCAGGAUUCUAUUCCAUGCAAAGGUGUCCUCUCACAGCAUGGAAGAGUCAGCGUCAGACCCUCCCUCGCCUGCUGUUGUUUGGCAACCAGAAGCCAAAUCCCCGGGCUCCAGGAUACAACAAAUGGAUGCUGCUGAUCUUGGAGUUACAGACCAACAUUCUCCAUUUUCCCAGGAUGCUACUGCUGCUGAAGAGGGGGGCUCUCAAGUGGAUUUGGAUGUGCCGUACCCUGACUUGGCCCCUGUGGUUUUCUUCUGCCUCAAACAGACCACCACCCUACGAUACUGGUGCAUCAAAGUGGUUUGUAACCCUUGGUUCGAGUGUCUUAGCAUGAUGGUAAUUCUCCUGAACUGUGUAACCCUCGGAAUGUUCCAGCCUUGUCAAGAUGUCGACUGCUCAUCAGAGCGAUGCCAAAUUCUUCAAGUCUUCGAUGACUUUAUAUUCAUCUUCUUUGCAAUGGAGAUGGUGGUGAAAAUGUUGGCCUUGGGGAUCUUUGGGAAGAAGUGUUACCUUGGAGAUACGUGGAAUAGACUGGACUUCUUUAUAGUCAUGGCUGGGAUGGUGGAAUAUUCUCUUGAUCUUCAGAACAUUAACCUAUCAGCCAUUCGCACUGUGCGUGUUCUAAGACCCCUAAAAGCCAUCAACCGAGUUCCCAGUAUGCGGAUCCUGGUGAAUUUGCUGCUGGACACAUUGCCUAUGCUGGGGAAUGUACUUCUGCUUUGUUUUUUUGUCUUCUUUAUUUUCGGGAUCAUUGGGGUGCAGCUUUGGGCUGGAUUGCUGCGAAACCGCUGCUUUUUGGAAGAAAACUUCACUAUACAAGGGGACAUAACCUUACCACCUUAUUACCAGCCGGAAGAAGAUGAUGAAAUGCCAUUUAUUUGUUCUUUGUCUGGUGACAAUGGAAUCAUGGGGUGUCAUGAAAUCCCCCCACUAAGAGACCGAGGUCAUGAGUGCUGCUUGGACAAAGAGGACUAUUAUUAUUAUAACGCUAUCCGUCACGAAUUUAAUGUCAGUGGCAUGUGUGUUAAUUGGAACCAAUACUAUAACGUCUGCCGUACUAGCAACACCAAUCCUCACAAGGGCGCCAUCAAUUUUGAUAACAUUGGCUAUGCCUGGAUUGUCAUAUUCCAGGUUAUCACUCUGGAAGGCUGGGUUGAGAUAAUGUACUAUGUCAUGGAUGCCCACUCCUUUUACAACUUCAUCUAUUUCAUUCUUCUUAUUAUAGUAGGAUCAUUUUUCAUGAUCAAUUUAUGCCUGGUUGUUAUUGCUACUCAAUUCUCAGAGACCAAACAGAGGGAGCACCAACUGAUGCAGGAGCAGAGGGCUCUCUAUUUAUCCUCUAGUACUGUAGCCAGUUACGCUGAGCCUGGAGACUGCUAUGAGGAGAUCUUUCAGUAUGUGUGCCAUAUCCUGCGGAAGGCCAAGCGCCGUACAAUAGGCCUCUACACCAGCCUUCAGAACCGACGGCAAAGCCGCCAUGAGCUCACCAAUAAUAAACUUGGGAUCAAUGGCAAGGAACAGCAUCAUAUGUGGAUAUGUCAGAAACAUGGCCAGCUGGAUUAUGCUCCUCAUGCUAUUGUGCAGCCUAUCGCAAUGACCCUAACAUCUGACCUCUCCAAUUGCCCUCAAUGUACCAAAACCAAAUGGGAGGAUGGCCGUAAGCUGUCAGCACCAAACAGCACCAGAUCAAGCCGAGAUGGAGCUCACAGACAGACAAGUGAGAGCGAAAACGAGAGCAGGAGUGAUGGAAGUACAUCAGAUCUAGACAAAGAGGAGGAGGAGGACAGCGAUGAAGGCUUUUGUAAAGGACUGUUUGGUGAAGUCCGUGUGAAGCUCAGAGGGAUAGUUGAUAGUAAAUAUUUCAAUCGGGGAAUCAUGAUUGCCAUUCUUGUGAACACAAUCAGUAUGGGAAUAGAACAUCAUGAGCAGCCAGAAGAGCUAACAAAUAUCCUGGAAAUUAGUAACAUUGUCUUCACUAGCAUGUUUGCUCUGGAAAUGAUGCUGAAACUUUCAGCCUUUGGCCUGUUUGAUUACCUGCGGAACCCAUAUAAUAUCUUUGAUGGCAUCAUUGUCAUAAUCAGUGUCUGGGAGAUAAUUGGGCAGAAUGAUGGAGGGCUGUCUGUACUAAGGACUUUCCGACUUCUACGAGUGCUGAAGCUGGUACGGUUUAUGCCUGCAUUGAGGCGUCAGUUGGUGGUAUUGAUGAAGACUAUGGACAACGUGGCCACAUUCUGCAUGCUUCUGAUGCUCUUCAUCUUCAUUUUCAGUAUCCUUGGGAUGCAUAUCUUCGGAUGUAAAUUCAGUUUAAAGACUGAUUCCGGAGAUACUGUUCCAGACAGGAAAAACUUUGAUUCUCUACUUUGGGCCAUUGUCACGGUUUUCCAGAUCCUUACCCAAGAGGAUUGGAAUGUCGUGCUGUACAAUGGAAUGGCCAGUACAUCUCCAUGGGCUGCCCUUUACUUUGUAGCAUUAAUGACAUUUGGAAAUUACGUUUUAUUCAACUUGCUUGUUGCUAUAUUGGUUGAAGGGUUUCAAGCAGAGGGAGAUGCCAACAGAUCUUAUUCUGAUGAGGAAAGGAGUUCCUCUAAUAUGGAGGAAUGUGAUAAAUAUCGGGAAGUUGAAUCUCCAUCGGAUCCCAAACUUUGUUCAGUACCUAUGACUCCAAAUGGACAUUUAGAAAACAGCCCUGUCCCAACCCAACAAAUCCCAGCUACAAUAAUGAAUACAUCAAGGAAUUCUCUUCAAAGGGAUCAAGUUCUUGUAACUGUUGGCUGCAGAAAAAGUAGUGUGAUGUCUCUGGGGAGAACUUCCUAUGACCAGAGGCCACAAAUGGGGCCUCGACCCUCACAUUGGGGGAGAAGCGGUGCUUGGGGGAGCCGCAGAUCAAGUUGGAACAGUUUAGGGCGUCGUCACAGUAUAAAACCAAGAACAUUCACAACUGAGCAUGAAUCAUUGCUGUCACAUGGAGAAGAGCAAAGAGAAAGAAGUCACUCCAGGAGAUCAUCAAGUUUAAAGCACUCAAGAGCAAUGUCUCUAGAUAAUAAAGGCUCUUCAGAUAAUCCAGGUGAUACAGCAACUCAUCCCAACCACAGAGGGUCUUGCAAAGGCACAUCUAUGUCAGAAGAACAUCGUGACUCCACUGGGAAAACACCUCCUAUUAUGACGGAAGUCUUUCCCAAAAUGAAUAACCGAAAAGAUAAGGAGGAGGAAGAAGAAGAAAUAGAUUACAGUCUGUGUUUCCGGAUCCGAAAAAUGAUUGAAGUGUACAGACCAGACUGGUGUGCGUUACGUGAGGAUUGGUCUAUAUUUCUUUUCUCCCCACAGAACAGGUUCCGCAUCAUGUGUCAAACAAUAAUUGCACACAAGCUUUUUGACUACGUCGUCCUUGCCUUCAUAUUCCUCAACUGCAUUACCAUCGCUUUAGAGAGGCCUCAGAUAGAGCACAAGAGUACGGAAAGGAUUUUCCUGAGUAUAUCAAACUAUAUCUUCACAGCCAUUUUUGUAGCUGAAAUGACAUUGAAGGUGGUCUCUCUAGGACUUUACUUUGGGGAUCAAGCUUACCUCAAGAGCAGCUGGAAUAUUCUGGAUGGGUUUCUUGUCUUUGUAUCCCUCGUUGAUAUUGUGGUGUCCGUAGCAUCUGCUGGCGGAGCAAAAAUUCUGGGUGUCUUAAGGGUUCUUCGACUUUUGAGGACAUUGCGACCUCUCAGGGUUAUCAGCAGAGCACCUGGUCUGAAGCUGGUGGUAGAGACCCUGAUUUCUUCUCUAAAACCCAUUGGAAACAUAGUUCUGAUCUGCUGUGCCUUCUUUAUCAUUUUUGGAAUCCUUGGUGUGCAGCUUUUUAAGGGUAAAUUUUUCUACUGCCUUGGUGUGGAUGUUCGAAAUGUCACCAAUAAGUCAGACUGUGAGGCGGCCAAUUACAAAUGGGUGCAUCAUAAAUACAAUUUUGAUAACCUGGGACAGGCGUUAAUGUCACUUUUUGUCUUGGCAUCAAAAGAUGGAUGGGUUAACAUAAUGUAUAAUGGACUAGAUGCUGUAGCAGUGGACCAACAGCCAGUGACCAAUCACAAUCCAUGGAUGUUGCUGUACUUUAUCUCGUUCCUGCUGAUUGUCAGUUUCUUUGUACUGAACAUGUUUGUGGGUGUCGUGGUAGAGAACUUUCACAAAUGUCGGCAGAACCAGGAAGCAGAGGAGGCUCGAAGACGAGAAGAAAAACGAUUGCGACGCCUGGAGAAAAAACGAAGGAAAGCCCAGCGUUUACCGUACUAUGCCACCUAUUGUCCUGCUCGCCUUCUUAUUCAUUCAAUGUGCACCAGCCACUACUUGGAUAUUUUCAUUACAAUCAUCAUUUGCCUUAACGUUAUCACAAUGUCCUUGGAGCACUAUAGUCAACCAAGGUCUCUUGAAAUUGCUCUAAAGUACUGUAACUACAUGUUUACUACAGUCUUUGUACUUGAAGCCGUGCUGAAGCUGGUGGCCUUUGGAUUUAGACGUUUCUUCAAGGACAGGUGGAACCAACUGGACCUGGCCAUUGUGCUCCUGUCUGUGAUGGGGAUCAUUUUAGAAGAAAUCGAAAUAAAUGCUGCUUUGCCCAUCAAUCCCACCAUUAUUCGCAUCAUGAGGGUGCUGCGCAUCACCAGGGUGCUGAAGCUGCUUAAAAUGGCAACGGGCAUGAGGGCACUAUUGGACACUGUGGUACAAGCUCUGCCUCAGGUAGGAAACUUGGGACUGCUCUUCAUGCUUCUCUUCUUCAUCUAUGCUGCUCUGGGAGUGGAGCUUUUCGGGAAACUUGUUUGCAAUGCUGAUCACCCAUGUGAAGGAAUGAGUCGCCAUGCCACAUUUGAGAAUUUUGGAAUGGCCUUCCUGACUCUUUUUCAGGUUUCUACUGGGGACAACUGGAAUGGAAUAAUGAAGGAUACUUUGCGUGAAUGCACCAAUGAUGAUCGCAGUUGCUUGAGCAGCCUCCAGUUCAUCUCGCCUUUGUACUUUGUGAGCUUUGUGCUCACAGCUCAGUUUGUGCUCAUUAACGUAGUAGUGGCUGUGUUAAUGAAACACCUGGAUGACAGCAAUAAAGAAGCGCAGGAGGACGCUGAGCUGGAUGCAGAGAUAGAAAUGGAGUUGGCUCAUGGCCUUUGUUCUCAAACAUCACCAGUUUCUGGGUUAGAUAAUGGGGGACGCGGAGGAAGACCGGCCACUGAAAGUCAUCGCAGCUUAAGGUGUUUUUCUCCUGCUCAGGAGAAUUUGUGGUUGGAUAGUGUUUCCUUAAUUAUUAAGGACUCCUUUGAAGGCGAAUUAACGAUUAUUGAUAAUUUAUCUGGAUCAGUCUUCCACCAUUACUCCUCACCAGCCAUCUGUGAGAAGUGCAACCACGACAAACAAGAGGUCCAGCUGGCAGAAAUGGAGGCCUUUUCUUUAACCUCUGACAAGUCCUCGUCAGUACUGACUGAUGAACUCAGUUCAGAAGAUCAAGGUGUCACGAGUCAGUUAAAGGAGAUGAAGGAUGGGCAAGAUAGCCCGGACUCCUUGGGAAUGUUUGGUGAAAACAUCUUCCCGCUUGCAAGCAUUCCUGGUUCCCCAACAGCCGAGCGCUUUAUAUGUGAGUUUGAGAAGGUGUCUCUAACCCCGGCAGAGUCCUGGGACAGCUGGCUCAAAGAAGAAAGCGACCCUGUCUCUCCUUCCCCGCUAUGUACCGAUACAAUGAGCCCUCUUUUACCAGUUCCAUCUGAAUUUUUCCAUCCUGGUAUCUCUGCGCCUGAAACAGAUCGAGAGAUUCCAAACACCAUAGAUAAUGAUCCCAAACGGCCUUCUCAAGAAUCAUGGGCCACACUGCGUUCCCCGGGUAUCAACUGCUCACUUCUUCGGCAGGCCGCAGAAAGCAAUUCAUCUAUGGAAAGUGGUAGUGCAACAUCUGAGGACAGCUUACAGACCACAUUGGAAGAUAGCCUAAAUCUUAGUGACUCGCCACAGUGCACAUUGGACCUCCCAGAUCUCCGUGCAACACCUGCAUCGCACCAUACUCCAUUACCUAUAACAUCUCUAUCCAUGAUUCAAAGGAGGGGUAACCGCCCUAGCUUUGCCCUUCAGAACGUUCGACGUCAUCAACGGAGCCAUAGCAGUGGUGGGAGCACUAGUCCUGGAUGUACUCUUCAUGAUUCCAUGGACCCUUCUGAUGAAGAAGGGGCAGGUGGAAGCCUGCGAGGUGCAAACGAGCCCUCUGAGACUUUUAGCAGCUUAUCUCUGACCUCCCUCUUUUCACCGACUCCUUCUUUAGCACCACCCGGGGGUACGAUUAAAAAAUGCAGCAGUGUCAAUAGUCUUUCUGUUGCUCCUUCUAGGGUAAGAGGAGCAAAGCAAUUUUACACUGUUGAUCAACAGGGCUUCCUUUCAAUGCCAUCUUGGGUGAUGGAUUUUUACCAAACUUCUAGUCCCUCAGAAAACCAAGAGAAUAGUAGCAGUACCGAAAAGUUACCAACUAUGGAAAAGGGGUUACCACCCAGUAGUGUCUCAGGAAAUGCGGAUUUUGGCAAUAACAGUCGACGAAACAGAUGAGACUUUUUCUGGGUGUAUGGCAGGAUAAAUCUUCUGGGGAUGAUUUUUUAAUUCUGCAACAGGGGAUAAAAAGCCUUAUGGCUCUCAAACAGACCGGCAGGAAACGCUACAUUACCUCACUGUGUGAGCCAGCCAAGCAAUGCAACUGGGGAUUUAAGAGGUAAAGCAGUUGAGCUCUCUGUGUGGGGAGGAACCGCUGUACUGUAACCAGCCUGUGAAACUAUUACAUAUAGUAUAUUAUAAAUUAUUUUAUUUAUAUAAUUUAUUUUUACUCUUGCUUGGGACUUCUUCAAAGUUUGUAUUAUAAAAGACGUCUUUAUGAGGCAAUACAAAUGUUUGGUGGAGAAGGAAAGAUGUUGAUCCUGAUUUUGGUACUUUUAAUUUACAGAGAAUGCCUUCACGUAAAUUCCUUUAUUUUACACUAAGAAAUAUGAAUAAAUUCACAGACCAGAACAUCAGUAACUGAUCUUCUUAUAAUAAUAAGAAAUAUAAGGGGUCAUUUACAAACACAACUGCAAGUGCUGGUGCUCCAUAAUGGACCCAAUGGAGAGCGCAUUUUGACGUGUUAUUACUGUACUUGUCCAAGCACGCUCCUGCACCUCUUCCGAUGAAUAGUGCACAAUUGCACAUAUGGAUCCUGGGAAAAUCUGGCUAGAGGUAGCUCCAGAGUUCAGUAGGAAUCACAAAUAAUGAUAUUGAUGCAGGCGCUUAAAUCAUAUAUUUAGCCAUUGCCACCUCAAUAUUUUGUGGAGUCUCCGCCUCACCAUCAUCAAGACAAAUGGAGGUAGAGACUCCAAAAAAAUUGAGCUGGUAAUGGCUGAAUAAAUGGGUCAAGCACCUGUUUUUUCUGUGAGAGCACCCAAAUCUCCAGGAGUAGCUCCACGAGGUUUGCAAAAAUAAGUGUAUGGAGUGCAACCAAGAUUUCUCUAAGAGUUGCUUCAGGGUUCACACAGUGGGUUGCAACAAUAAACACAACAGAUUUGAGACCAGGAUAUUGGAUGGAAAACACAGUUUUGACCAGCGAGUCCAGAAGUGACUCAACACAAAUUUCACCUGAUUUGCAUUACAAUAAAAGCACAUUUGCAUCUGUUCUGAUACAGUGGCACAAUUGCGGUGGGACAACUCAGAGCACAGUAUUAUGGGAAACUGCUACAUCAUACAUAAAACAACAUUAUUUGGCUAUGACAUUGCACUUUGCAUCCUACAUUUGUAUGUGUAGAGCAAUGGCAGAUGUGGGUGCAUUUGUUAAUGACCCCUAAAAUUUCUCAUUAUCUAAUGGUUUUAGUUCUGACUGCUGUCUUGUCAUGAAUAACCACG